AUGGCUCAUCGGGGCAUGUAUUUCAAAAUGAUGAUAUUUCACAGCAAACUGGAAAAUUAUUUGAAGUUGAAAGUAAAAUUCAUUGAUAUCGCAGAUUUCUGCCAUCGGCUGCAGCGAUCACAGGAUAAAGCAGCGCGACGAGAGAAAGGGGAACAAGUAAGCAGUGAUGAUGAGGAUGAUUUGCCGCCACUGAGGAAGAAAAAAGGCGAUGACGAAGCUGACUUUAUCAAACAUCCGUUCGCGCUGAAGCCAACUGCACCGAUUACUAUCAAUAUACCGGUGCGUUUUUUUGCAAUUUGUAACUGUGGUCCUCCUCCUAGAAACUAA